GUUAACGACGGUUCCUCCUUGGGAGUUGGAUCUCAACACACCUAAAUGCAUGAAAAGUAAUCAGGAUACUAUUGAUUUUGAAUUUGGAACCUCUCAAAGGUUCGAAGAACAACUACAUCGACAAAAGCAACACCAGAAGCGAGACCAACAUCAAGUAAAAGAUGUUCCAACCAUGGCUUACGCCGAUGAGCUUUUUAGAAAUGGUAAAGUCCUUCCUUUAAAACCUCCACCCCGCCUUCAAUUUGUUAAUAGUUCGAGCGCGAGUAUUUCUUCCACCAUUUCUUCCACCAAGUUGUCAGGCAUGGCACAAUGUGUGCCCUUUUCGGGACGCAAUUUCAAGCCCAAUGAAUUUGAUCCUUUCAAGGUGGCUCUAGAAUAUGUUACGAAAGAGGAGAUAGAAAAGGACCCACAAACUACUUAUCGAAGGACACAAUCGCAUACCACAUCGAGGACCUAUUAUUUAGACGACGAGCUCACUAGAGGGGUCCAUUGCCAAAAUAAAGAGGUGGGUCCCUUAUCUUGUACUAAAGGGCCCACUAGGCCCGAGAGGUCCGCUUCUGCGAGGUCCGUCUUGCCCACGAGAUUGGACCCGGUUCCUAGGCUUGCGACGGACAUAGAUGGGCCGUCGGCCAAGGUUACUAAACGGUGGCGAUCGUUUCCAGAGGGCUCCAAGAGGGAAAGGAUCAAGAAUUUCUUAUUUAGAAGUGCAUCGCAAGGCCGGGUUCAAUCGAAAGACAAGUUAAGAGAUCAUACUGAUCCCUUGAGAAAGAAAGAGGAUGCUAAGAGUCCUGUUUUGGAGCCUUUCCAUGAGACUAAAUGCAAAGAAAAGAUGGCAAAGGAGAAGAAGAAAACCGCGGCGCCAUACAAACCGGGCCUUUUUGUUUGCAUGGGAUACAAUUCCAAAGAGGAAUUUGGGUCUCCCUCCUAAGAUUGUGGUGUUUGCGUUUGGAUGCGCCAUUGAAUUGAAUUGCAACAAUUAGUUAAUUUAAGUGGAAAAGACUAAAUUGCAAUUAUGUUACUAGCAAACUAGAUCGAAAAUGAAUAAUUGCAAUUUGGUUGUUUUCCUAUCUAUUCAACUAAUUAUUGCAAUUCAAU